CACUACACAGUUUGCCAACCGCCAAUAAAACACAAGAGGAAGACAGAAUUCUCCCGCCCCAUCCGCUGUUCUUUUUAAACCGAGGCGGGAGGCUUCGUUUGUCUACUUGGCUCCGUGUUCUUGCAUUUUGAGCAUCAUUUAACUUUGUCCGUUGCCGCUAAGAUGGUGAGGACCAAGGCCGACAACGUCCCUGCGUCAUACAGAAAAGCUGUUGCAGCUUCUGCCCCACGGAAGUCUCUGGGCUCGAGCUCAGCAAACUCCCCUUCCUGCAACAGCCAGUCUUCCACACCUGCCAAGAACAAAUACGGGGGUGGUAACCCAGUGUGCCCCCGUCCCACUCCCACCUGGCAAAAGGGCAUCGGGGACUUUUUUGGUGGGCCUCCAAGGAAGCCCGAGAAGGAGAACCAGAUACCCCAUGUGGUGGAGGACGACGAAGAGGCUGGAGGCAGUGGAAUCUCCAAAGCCAGCAGGAAAUCCCGGCCGCUGCCUGAGGAUGAGGAGGAUGAUGACUGAGGCGAAGGCGUCUGUCUGACUGCUGGUCCUGUUUGCUGCCACUCGCAGACAUUUUAAUGUACAUCUGUAUAUACGUCCUGAUGAAUUCAUUUGUAUAGUCCAUUAAACUGCUUUUAAAUGUU